AAAACUUUACCGCACUUAAAUGGAGCUGAUAAAACCUGUUUCCCGCUAAAACCGAGUUCGUUUCUAUUAGCAAUCUGAAUUUCUCAUUUAAUAUUCACAAGGUACACAGUAACGUAUCGUAUAUUAUCUGAUAAGUAAUACGCUCAUCACAGGUCAACAUCGUUCAUAUGGGACAACAUGUUUUUCGUUAUAUUAUUCGCAAGUUUAUUAUCGACUUCUUUAUCAAUUGAAUCGAAUUUCUAUUCCGAAGAAGCAUGUCUGGCCAAGAAUGGUUACUGUGUUUUCGAGGAAGAGUGCUCAGCCGCUGGUCGCGCUGAACCGGAAAGUUACAAAGCCUUGUGUACUUUCCAACGAUCACUUGGAGCAAUAUGUUGCAAAGAUUUCCCAUUGGAGGAAGUGAAUUGUAAUCAAUUGCACAAUGAAUGCGUAGAACCUGAAAAGUGUCCUCAUGAAAAGUAUAAUCUAGGGCGAAAAGGAUGCGACAAAACAAGAAUAUGUUGCGCUGUGCGAUAAUUAAAUUUUUGAAACUGA